AUGUCAAAAUAUGGGCCAUUAAGUAUGGGAAUGGAUGAUGCAUUUGAUGACUCAAAUAAUGCUGUUAGUCCUGAUUUCAAUUCGAAUAGUACUGGGGAAACGGUUGAGAAAAUGAUACCUGAAGUGGCUAGGUUUGAUCAAUUUACCACGAUAGACUGGAUUGCGGAGGAAAGCACUCCUGUACUGUUAACAAAUGGUGCAUUGAUCAAUGUGUCGAAUAUUAAUGAUAUAGAUAGCAAUAACGAGAACAAUGGCAGGGCAGAGUUCUCAAGGUUUGGUAAUUACAAGAAACUCAUCUGGGAAAGAUCUAGGGCUGUGAUUACAUUGACUUUAAUUGCAAUUACAAUCGGUUGCAUUGCUGCUUUUUUACAAAUAUUUACAGAAACAUUAGUUAAUUGGAAAACAGGUCAUUGUAAAAGGAACUGGAUUUUAAACAAAUCAUUCUGUUGUAGUAUUGAUUUAUCAGAGGAAGGGAAAAGUGAGGACCCAGUGGGAAAAUUUGUAGAGGCUGGAAUGAAUUUCAGGAAGAGAAUGUUUAUGGAACUUUCGAAAAGAGAAGAAUUAGAUUGUGUCGAUGAUGGGUUAUGGGUAAAUAGAUCAGGGAUCUUAGCGCCUUUCAUCACAUUUAUGUUAUUUUCCAUACUCUUCGCACUCGCAAGCAACCUUUUAGUGAAAUACGUAGCACCAAGUGCUACUGGCUCAGGUAUCUCAGAAAUCAAAGUUUGGGUUUCUGGUUUCCAAUAUAAUGAUAAGUUCUUAAACAUCGUUACGUUAUUUGUUAAGAGCAUUGCUUUACCCUUGGCAAUUUCUUCCGGGUUAAGUGUCGGCAAAGAAGGUCCUUCCGUUCACUACGCUACAUGUGUCGGUUAUGUCAUUACAAAUUGGUUAUUGAAAGAUGUUUUAACGUUUUCACAGCAAUCAGAAUACCUGACUGCUACGAGUGCAGCAGGUGUAGCUGUCGCAUUUGGUACUCCGAUUGGGGGUGUACUUUUUGGUUUAGAAGAGAUCGCACCAACAAAUGAAUUUAAAUUAAGUACAUUGUGGAAAUCGUAUUACGUGGCGUUAGGUGCUGUCGCAACAUUAAAAUUUAUUAACCCAUUCAGGAAUGGUAUGAUCGUUUUAUUCAAUGUCACAUAUGAUAGGUACUGGAAAGCAUCUGAAAUUCCAAUUUUUAUUUUACUUGGUAUCUUCGGUGGAUUAUAUGGUAAAUAUGUUUCCAAAUGGAACAUACAUUAUGUCCAAUUUCGUAGGAAAUAUUUGUCAAGUUGGCCAACUCAAGAAGUUUUGAUUUUAACUGUGUUCACUGCUUUUAUUUCAUAUUUUAAUGAAUUCUUAAAGCUAGAUAUGACUGAGAGUAUGGGUAUUUUAUUUCAUGAAUGUUCCUCAUUAAAUAGCGGAGAAGAAUCAACUUUUAGCCACAGAUUAUGUACUAUGGAUAAAAACCCUACCAUUGCUAGUUUUAUACAAAUCACAACUUCCUUGGCAUUUGCAACAAUAUUUAGAACAAUUAUGGUUGUCAUGUCGUAUGGUGCAAUGAUUCCUGCCGGUAUUUUUGUCCCUUCAAUGGCUGUCGGCGCAACAUUUGGUCGUUUUGUCAGUUUGUUUGUUGAAAGAAUUAUUAACGAUCAAUCAUCCAUUACUCCUGGUACAUAUGCAUUUUUAGGUGCCGCUGCUGCGUUAAGUGGUAUCACUAACUUAACUAUUACCGUUGUCGUGAUUAUGUUCGAAUUAACUGGUGCAUUUAUAUAUAUUAUUCCUACGAUGAUGGUUGUCGCUAUCACGAGAUUGGUAUUAGAACAUGAGAAAGUGUUUGGAGGUAUCGCUGAUCAGAUGAUUUUAGUUAAUGGAUUUCCAUAUAUUGAGCUUGAUAGCGAAGAUACUUUCAUGAGACAGCAUACUGCCGAGGAUAUAAUGACUAAAGAUUUGAAGUAUUUAUCUGAGACAAUGAAUUUAUCAGAAAUUAAAGAUAUAGUAUAUUCACAUGCUGGCAGUGUAUUAAAAGGGUUCCCUAUAAUAAGAGAUUUUGACCAAAGUGAACCAGAUAAAGUUAUGAUAGGUUACGUCCUGAAGAAGCAUUUACUUGCAAAGCUUGAGGAACCAGACUUUAUGUUUACUGAUGAAGAAAGCGUAGUGGUUAAUUUCAUAGAGGCCAAGAAUGACAACAAUAGGGUUCUUGACGAAGCAUUAAGCUUGAUUAACUUUAGCGAUGUUGUAAAUUUCUCACCAAUAACAGUGAAACCAAACACUCCUGUUUCUUUAUUAUUCAGAAUGUUUAAGCAAUUAGGUUGCAAGACUAUAAUAGUGGAAUCACAAGGUAUCAUCAAGGGUCUAAUAACAGUAAAAGAUUUAUUAAGAUUUGAGAGGUCUAAGCAUAGAGAAAUUUAUGGACCAUUUUACCCAGAGAGUGAAUUUUUAAGUGAACGAUUUUGGCCAAUUGUUAAACAAUUAAUUAACAGAUUCAGAUAG